UUCAAAAACAACAGUCACAAAAUGUCACUCAAAAUCUUCUUUGGGCCGUAUGAAACCCACGGCGUGAUCAGACACAAAACGCAGAAGUUGUACGGACUUUUGAAGAAACUCAGCGAGCUUGGAUACGAGCUGGAACUCAUUCCAACCAAUCGACUCAAUAAUCUGACGAUUCAUUUGAGGGACAAGCAGAUUUUUCGCUGCGAUUUGCGCUAUUUGAUGUUCAAUAUUGAGUUUGAGGACGAUCCAGUCUGCCAGAAUGUCGUGAAGAGUGUGGAGGAAACGCGAGCUUUGUUUGAUGCUGAGCAGAAUAUCGCGAUUUUUGACACCGUGAAGAAGAAGUACACGGGGGAUACCCGGGAUUUACUGGCCGAAGAUGUGGACCUCAUUUUUGAAAUACCGCAAACUUUCGAGAAAUUUAAAACUAGAGCCAUGAAACAGUCCAGUAUGGUUGGCGAGCACUCGAUUUAGAAAUGAUUUUUGUGAUUUGAAAUCGAAAUUUAAAAAUAAAAAGUAGCAAAGUUUCAA